AUGCCGAAGUAUGCCACAUUUUUGAAGGAUUUGCUAAAAAACAAGAGGAAGUUGGAAGAGGUCGACAUGGUAGCUCUCAAUGGGAAUAGUUCCAAAAUCAUGGAUAAAAAGAUAUCGAUGAAGUUGAGAGAUCCUGGAAGCUUUGUGAUCCCAUGUUUAUUGGGUGAUGAUGUGGAGGAAAACACACUCACUAAUUUCAGAGCUAGCAUAAACUUGGCCGAUAGAUCAGUAAGGAGACUGUGGGGAAUUGUGGAAGAUGUGCUUGUAACUGUGGAAAAACUUGUCUUCAUCAUAGGCUUUGUAAUUUUUGACAUAGAUGAGGAUGUAGAGACCCCACUCAUUCUCGGACGACCUUUCCUAAAUACAUCUGGGGCCCUCAUUAAUUGGACAAAUGGAAAGAUGACCUUGAAAGUAGGAGAUGAAGAAGUGGUGUACCAACUUCCCGAUGCUAUGAAGUACUCAGAUGUAUUCAUGGUGAACCCUCCUCAUAAUUAUCUAGAGGAGUAG